AUGAUCUUGGCAAACGCCUUCUGCAUCGUCCUCUUCGUCGAUGAGAUCCUCCACUCCCUGGCUGGGCCCCCAUCCCCGGGGGGGCAGGACCCCCACGGGUGGCGAGGGGCCGUGGACUGCGUGCGAGCCAACGAGCUGUGCGCCGCCGAGCCCGGCUGCAGCUCCCGGUACCGCACACUGCGCCAGUGCCUGGCUGGCAGGGACAGGAACACCAUGCUGGCCAACAAGGAGUGCCAGGCAGCCCUGGAGGUGCUGCAGGAGAGUCCCCUCUACGACUGCCGCUGCAAGAGGGGGAUGAAGAAGGAGCUGCAGUGCCUGCAGAUCUACUGGAGCAUACACCUGGGGCUGACCGAAGGAGAAGAGUUUUAUGAAGCCUCCCCCUACGAGCCGGUCACCUCUCGUCUCUCUGAUAUAUUCAGACUGGCUUCAAUUUUCUCAGGAAUGGAGCCGGCCGCCACCUCCAAGAGCAACCACUGCCUGGACGCGGCCAAAGCCUGCAACCUGAACGACAACUGCAAGCGGCUGCGCUCCGGCUACAUCUCCACCUGCAGCCGGGAGCUGUCCCCCGGCGAGCACUGCAGCCGCCGCAAGUGCCACAAAGCCCUGCGGCAGUUCUUCGACCGAGUGCCCAGCGAGUACACCUACCGCCUGCUCUUCUGCUCCUGCAGGGACCAGGCCUGCGCCGAGCGCAGGAGGCAAACCAUCGUCCCCUCCUGCUCCUACGAGGACAAGGAGAAGCCCAACUGCUUGGACCUGCGCAGCACCUGCAGGGCAGAUCACCUCUGCCGGUCCCGGCUGGCUGAUUUCCACACCAACUGCCAAGCCUCCUUCCAGUCCCUCACCAGCUGCCCUGGGGACAACUACCAGGCAUGCCUGGGCUCCUAUGCAGGGCUCAUUGGCUUUGACAUGACUCCCAACUACGUUGAUGCCAGCACCACCAGCAUCACCAUCUCGCCCUGGUGCUCCUGCAAAGGCAGUGGCAAUAUGGAGGAGGAGUGUGAGAAGUUCCUCCAGGACUUCACAGAAAACCCUUGUCUCCGAAAUGCCAUCCAAGCCUUUGGCAACGGCACCGACGUCAGCCUCUCCCCCAAGAGCCCCCCCCUGGCUGUCACCCUGCCAGCCAAGACAGAGCAGAGCCCUCUGCUGCCAGAUGACAUCAACGACAGCAACACCAUCUAUGACCCCAGGAUCAUCACCACCUGCACCUCUCUCCAGGAGCAUGGACCCAAGCUAAACAAGUCCAAAGAGCAGAGUCUAUGCUACUCAGAGACCCAGCUGACCACAGACAUCAUGCCAGAGCAGAAGACCUUCGUGGACCAGAAAGGAGGCAGCAGCCGACACUGGGCAGGCAGGAUCCUGCCCCUUGUGCCCCUCCUCCUGCUGCUGCUGGCAUUGUAG